CUUUUGAGGCUGAGAUCGCCAUGACUCCUGAGAAGGAUCCUCAGACACCAUCAUUCUUCAAGAACCAGGGCCCAGAUGAACCAGUACUGCAUAUUCCAAUGCAAAAAGUUGGAAUGAAGUCAUCUCUUGUGGUUUACACAGAUUCUGAUAUAUCACAUAGUCCAUCCAAGAAUUCAGAUUCUGACUCUGAAUUUAGCCUCUCCAAACGGAACCGAGAUUCAAUACCACGGCUUGGGAAGACCAAAAGCGUACAGAUGAACAACCAGAUUCAGUUCGAUUCAGACGAGACUUUGGCCUUCACCACAGAUGGCAGUGAAGAAGAAUACAUUCCUGACACCAGUCAGGAUUCAUCUGAUGGAACAGACACAACUGAAGCUUUCGAUCCAGGUGACCAGAGGAAUAUCAUGCCCUCACUGACCGAACUGAACAAUUGCUCUACAAAGCUGCGUAAAAGAGGACGGUCACCCUCAAGAACAGGAAGCGGCACAGGUGAAAGACCUAAAAAGCAAGCUGUAACCAGGGGUCGAGACACGGGAGACCUUUUCGAAACGUCGACUGCGGAUCUGGAGCAAAACAUUCCUGACAGUUCUUCUUCCCAACAUGAUGGUUUGGCUGAGGGUUCACUUUCCAUACAUGCUGUUUGUAAAAAAGACAAUGGUUCCAGGAUGUACAACAAGAAAUAUUAUUGUUUGUACUGUAAGAUGGGGGUUGGGAAAAUGGCAAGGCAUUUGGAGCGUGCGCAUAUCAAUAUGCCAGAGGUGGCACUGGCUGUGUCCUUCCCAAAAGGCUCUAAAGAACGGAGAAUGCAUCUGGAGCAUUUGAGAAAUAGAGGCAACUUCGCGCACAAUGUUGAGGUAUUAAAUGCAGGUGUUGGAGAUCUUGUUCCUCGCAAGCAGCCAAAACAGGAUUCCGAAGCACUGAAGUUCCUGCAUUGCACGUAUUGUCAGGGCUUUUUUGCAAAGAAACUCCUUUGGCGGCACAUGAUGAUCUGCAAGUUCAAGCCUGCUGUUUCCAAAAAACCUGGCAAAACCCGUGUCCAGGCACUCUGUGCAUUUUCCAUACCUCCACCACCUGGUGUGAAAGUCGAAUUUUGGAAGCUGUUAAGCAACAUGAUUCAAGAUGAAGUAUAUUCUGCAGUCAAGUCUGAUGUCUGUAUUAUGGAGUAUGGUGAGCAUCUGUAUAAUCGUCUUGGCUUUGGUGUUUGCAAACAUGAAUACAUUCGGCAGAAACUGAGAGAGCUGGGAAGGCUUCUGCAGUAA